GGAGAAAGCAAAGUAUAAUCCGCAUGUUUGGUGAGAUUUCGGCUGCUUGAGGGCUAGAAAGCAAAGCCAAUUCAUCUGAGGACUCUAGGACUCAGGCAUAGGGCGCCUGCACAAACACUGUCCCGGGCUUCUGCCCAAGGAAUCCUGGGAGUUGUAGUUCCGGAGCUUGGCGUUGCCGGGGCAUUUCCCCUGCAGAGGUUGGAGAUCUUGUGAGUGCAUUCCAACAAGGAAGUGGGUACAGGGACCCCACCGUGUCCUUCUCAGAGUGGCCAGCAGGGGGAGCAGUUAUCCGAAUAAUGUACUCAGAUGGAAAAGUCUAGUUCCUCGGAGCAGCCUUGUGAGGCAGCGCUGCCUUCAGUGCAUUCAACAGUCAGGAGGGCGAAGCUCAGACGCUGAUGUCUGCACAGGGACCAACACCCCUCAGACUCCAAGGGAUCCUGUGACUGAGGAUGCAGGACCGUCUCCUGGUGGGUGCAAGACGCGGCAGACGAGGAUCCCCUUUCCUGGCUCACUCUGGAGUGGAUCCUCAUCUGGGAUGACUGUGGUUCAUCUGGGGAUCCUGAAUGUUCAGGGCCAGUUUCCAGAUGGAAAGUUAAAGCAGCCUCGUUGGCCAUGAUGGUUCUAAAGCUGAUUUCACCCCCAGGCAACAAGUGGAUAGAGGUUCAAGAUGAUGAUGAAUGCCUGGCAUGGUGGUUCACACCUGAAAUUCCAGCAUUUGGGAGGCAGGGGCAGAGGUGGGAAGAUCAGUAGCCAGCUUGGUCUACAUAGCAAGUUUCUGAUCAACCAAGGCUACAAAACAAGACCUUGUCUCCAAAACCAAAAAGGAGCAGUAACAAAAAGCGGAGCUGUCCUUCUUGCAGAAGACCAAGGUUGAAGUUGAGGGUUUGGUGUCAGAGGAGAUGGUGACAUUCAAGGAUGUGGCUGUGGUCUUCAGUGAGGAGGAGCUGGAGCUGCUGGACGCUGCCCAGAAGAAUCUGUACUGUGACGUGAUGCUGGAGAACUUCAGGAAUGUGGUGUCCCUGGGGCAUCAGAUCAUGACUCCAGAGGUUUCACUCCAACUCAAGAGAGAAGACAUGCUUUGGGUGUUGACGAUGGUCAGUUGGAACUGUGAGUCUACAGGAGCCAGGAAUCUAAAUGAGGUGGAGUCACUUCAGGAGGCAGGAUGGAGGCACCUGCCACAGGAGGAGCUUUUCUGCUCACGAAUCUGGCAACAAGUCACAAGGGAGUUAACCCAGGGUCGGGACUGCAGGGGGAACGAUGGAGGAACUGGCUCUGCGUUGGGGAAACAGGAUGCUGGACAGAGCGAAGAAGCGGAGUUCAGUAAACUUUCCAGUCGGAAUUCAUUUCUUCAAGUUCACCAUGGAGAACGCCACGAAGAAGAGGCAUGUGAGAGAGAUGCUGAUUGCUGCCGUCAUCUUCGUGCUGUUCCAGGAGAGAAGCCCUCCAAGUGUGGAAACUGUGACAACACCUUCCGUCGGGUCUCCAGUCUUCAGCCCCAUCAGAGAGCCCACAAGAGACACAGAUCGACCCAGUCUGAUGCACUGUUUAAAAAUCUCAGUCAAAGGCCACUAUUUCAGUCUCAUCAGAGCGUCCCCACUGAAGAAAACUCAAACGAAUAUGAGGAGUGUGGGACUCUUGGGAAAGACUCACAUGGUCAGACACCCCUGUUAGUCCACGCAGGAGAUGAGGCCUAUAAAUGUGAGGAGUGUGGGGCAACCUUCAAUCAAAGCUCGUAUCUUCAAGUCCAUCAGAGAGUCCACGCUGCAAAGAAGGCUUAUAAGUGUGAGGAGUGUGGGAAGGGCUUCAGCUGGUUUUCACGGCUACACGCCCAUCAUCGAAUCCACACUGGAGAGAAACCAUACAGAUGUGGUGCCUCUGGCAAGGGCUUUAGUUACAGCUCACACCUUAACAUUCAUUGUAGAAUGCACUCAGGAGAAAAGCCCUGUAGGUGUGAGGAGCGUGGGAAGGGCUUCAGUGUAGGCUCACACCUCCAAGCUCAUCAGAUAAGCCACACCAGAGAGAAACCAUACAAAUGUGAGGAGUGUGGGAAGGGCUUCUGUCGGGCCUCUAAUCUUCUGGACCAUCAGCGAGGCCACACUGGAGAGAAGCCUUACCAAUGCAGUGCUUGUGGGAAGGGCUUCAGUCGGAGUUCUGAUUUUAACAUUCAUAUUAGAGUCCACACGGGAGAGAAACCCUACGUAUGUGAGGAGUGUGGGAAGGGCUUCAGCCAGGCCUCAAACCUUCUGGCCCAUCAGAGAGGCCACACUGGCGAGAAACCCUAUAGAUGUAACACAUGUGGGAAGAGCUUCCGACGGAGUUCAGAUCUGAACGUUCAUUGUAGAAUCCAUACAGGAGAGAAACCCUAUAAAUGUGAGAAGUGUGGGAAAUCCUUCAGUCAGUUUUCAAGUCUCCAAGUGCAUCAGAGAGUCCACACAGGAGAGAAACCGUAUCAGUGUGCAGAGUGUGGGAAGGCCUUCAGUGUAGGGUCACAGCUUCAAGCCCACCAGAGGUCCCACACUGGAGAAAGACCCUAUCAAUGUGAGGAGUGUGGAAAAGGUUUCUGUCGGGCAUCCAAUUUUCUAGCUCACCGUGGAGUCCACACAGGAGAAAAACCAUUCCCAUGUGACGUGUGUGGAAAACGCUUCCGGCAGAGGUCCUACCUCCAAGCCCACCAGAGGGUCCACACUGGAGAGAAACCAUACAAGUGUGAGGAGUGUGGGAAAGUCUUCAGUUGGAGCUCAUACCUUCAAGCCCACCAGAGGGUUCACACUGGAGAGAAACCUUUCAAGUGUGGGGUUUGUGGGAAAGGGUUCAGCUGGAGUUCAAGUCUCCUGAUUCACCAGCGAGCCCAUGCUGAAGAUGAAUGUGGUAAGGGCCUUUCUUCAUCUGAGGAUUCAUACAGGAAAUAAGCUCUACAAGCUUACAUUUUCAUAUUUCAAGAGGACGCUGAACUCUCUGAUCUGAGCUGUCAAAGGGCACAGGAAAGUUAUCUCAUAAUUGGGAACGUAUAUUAGCUAGAGCUACAGUGGACUGUCACAGUAUUUGGGAGACCAGACAUGAGAGGAACUAGUCAGAAUAGACCUUUUGUCAUUUCAUCCAGAACCUUGACCCUUAUCAGAUCCAUCCAUGCAGACAAGAUUCCCAGGAAAGAUGAACUUGACCUGGAAUUAACUAGAAGCACAAGCCUGUUCAAUAGGCUUUAAACUCCAGUAGAAUGGAGACAGCAUUCACAGCCAAUCUGACCCACGUUUCCAAUGCCUAACAUGCUGGGUGCUUUCUAGCCCCACAGGGUUUCUUAUGGGACUUGGUCUCAUGUACCCCAGGGAACUCCUGAUCCUCCUGCCUCCACCUCCAUAGUGCUGAGAUCAUAGACAUGCACCACCACACCCAGCACUUAGCUAAUUGUUUACUGUGCCAGACCGGAUUUGUUGAAUUCCAAAUUCAAAUCCACAAGUCUUUUUUCCUUGGCUCGAAUCACCGUAUGUUAAUGAACAUGCAAUUACCAUUAAGUAUCACCAAGAAUGUGAGUGGGCGGAAAUUGCAGGGUAUAGUGUACCUGCCAGUCAGCUGUGUUGUGGUGGCAGUUGUUGUUAUUGCUUUGGACAUUUCCUCAACAUAAAAAUAAAUUAUUGCUACAACCCCGUGACCCGUUACCUGGGUAUUUAAGUUGUUAAAAUUCUGAGAUAGAAUAUCAACUCUACUUAACAUCUGUUGAGAUGUCACUAGGUCAGGAGUUAUGGCACAGGUUAGUGAUCUCAUGAUCUCAAUACUCUAGAGGGAGUGACUGUAGGGAGUCAAGAGUUCAAGACCAACCUCAGCUACAUAGGGAGAAUGGGGCCAGCCUGGGCUUACAUUAGAUCCUGUCCCCAAAACCACCACCUCAAUUCCCUCCACAAAAAAAAAAACCCAGAAAGUUAUCAAGAUGAGAAAACGGGAAAUUAUUGUGGCA